CCGUUUAAUAUAACCACACGUUGUCACCAUAAAGCGUCACAUUGCAACUUCUCCACACAGUUCCACCCUUUUCAGCCACCCCAACGAAACGCCGCCUUCUUUUUUACCACUACAAACGUAGAGGAAGCACCACGUUUGAGUUGCUUCUUCUUCCAACUCCCCCUACAUGCAGCAUCGAAGCAAGCGCUAUGUAACUUCCAUUCGGUGAGGCCAACAUACAGAGUAUGCAAAAGUAGGCUGAGCGGCGAACGGGUGGAUUUUCUCUCCCUCUGUCAGUUUGGCACCAACUUGUGUUGUUUUGCAUCUCGCUCCCCCCCCCCCCCCCCUACACACACGCUGACAAUCUCCCAAGCGUUUCCCCCUGCACAGAAUGAUACUGAAAAGGAGUAGGACAUUUUUUUUAACACUACAGAGACGUCGAGCCUUUUCGGAAAAUAAAAAUUACCUCAACAACAGCUACCUGAAUUACGUGCAGGGGAGUCAUCAAAAUGGGGAUGGGAAAAAAAAAAAAAAAGAGGACAGUGCCCAUUUGGGGGAAAAAAUAAUCCAAAGGGAUAACCACCACAUGGGGGGAAUUUUCCAAAAUGUUAAAGACAUACGGUCAUAUAACGCUUUAAAAAAAAAUGAGGGUUAUUCAGCCAGCAAUAGCACAAAUGCGGGGGUAAAAGUUGCAGGUGGUGCAGAGGCGGAUCCCCUUUCCAACAUGAGUGACAACCAGGAGGGAUAUAAUUACGCUAGUGCUUGUGUGGAGGGGGAAACUACACAGGGGUGGUCAGCAGACGGGGGGGAAGGGCACCCCGACCAGGUGCUGGAAACGACGCAAGGGGGAAGAGACGAGCUAACCCAGAAGGGUAAAACGGGUGAACAUACACAUCACAGUGACGAGUUUGCAAAAAAGGGUAAAGAGUACCCCUCCAUCAGCGCGCAGAACAACCCCCAACGGAAAAAAGACCCUUUUAAAACACCCCCGAGGAACACAGACAGCGUUCAGGAGGAACCCCUAAAUAACGACGCAGACCAUUUCGAAAGUACCCUUGACGAAGCAAAUGAAGCCACAGAGCAUAAUCGCAUGGAUGGGAAAGACCAAACGGGAAGGGCCAAUUGUACGGGAGAUCCCAAAUCUGGUGGGAACCCCGAAUUUCCUAAUGAACAACAAUUUGGUAAAAGCCAAAAUGAAGGCUCAAACAAAUGGGCAGAAAAUGAUGAAGACCUUCCCAACAUUUUUGAAGUAGAUGAAAAUUUAAGUGAAGAAGAAAAAAAAGAAAAAUUAAAAUUGAUCAAAUUGAUUACAGAAAAAUUAGCCGGCCCUUUAAAAACCAACAGUCAGGAUACCCCCAACAGUGGUGCUGAAGGGGAACAGAACAGUGGGGAAGACUCCAUCUUUGCUGACAAUCGACCCAUAGCAAUAGAGGUUGAUGGGCCCUCUCACUUUUACGCGAACAGUAAUAGGUACACGACGUAUACGAAAUUGAAGCAUCGGAUUUUGACCAAGUUAGGCUACAACGUCAUCCACAUCAGCUACAUCGACUGGCGCAAACUGCGGAACAAAACCGAGCGGGAGGAAUUCAUUUUAAAAAAGCUCAAGGAAAAAAACGACGAAUUUUUGGACGAAAAUGACCGGGUAUAUUACAACGAGAGGAUGAACAUGAUUAAGGAGGACUACAAAAAGUUCAUGAAGGAGAAGAAGGAGAGUAGCUCCUAA